GUCGGUGUUGGGCCGGUUGGCUCGACAAGAAGAGACACAAUUCGUUGCCAGUCUACUAGCCGUCUCUCAUGAAGAAAAUGGAUAUCGUUAUGGAACAAGAGACGUUAGGUAGAUGUGGUCGACCUCAGAAUUGAAGUUGGUCGCGGCCAAUCAUCGAUGUGAAAGAACAUUUUGCGGGGGAAGAGGUCAGUGGGAAGAAAGUCACAGAAACAACAAUCCUCGGGAUCCGCAAACUCAUUCAGCCCUUCCUUUCAUUAAUGAUUACUUCUGUCACAUUUCCCAAUUUAUAUUUGACUGUCCGUUGGGCUUAGGUCGCUAUCCUCACAAGGCAUCCGGAUGAGAAAUCAAGUCAGGCUGAACACCAGACGCGCAACAUCGUAUUGUCGAGGAGUCCUGAGAAGCCACCAGCCGCUGACCUCAAGUCAGCCCGCAACUUCCCGUCUAUUACGAUCUCAACUUCUUGUCGAGCCCCAAGCGCGUCUCAAGAUCCAGAAUCAUCGUCUGUCUACUGUCGUAACACCCUUCACUCGCCCAGCAAUCAGAAUGUCUAUACCCUUAGGUGGCCGGACAGAUCUCCCUGUCGAGGAAGCUCGAGCUGAAUUGAAACGUCAUUUUUCCGACUACCAAGGACCCAAGUAUGCUGACGGUUGGGCGGACCUAUGGGCAAAAGGAGAAUUUCUACCAUGGGACCGUGGCAAUCCAUCUCCGGCACUGGCAGAUACUCUGAUCAAUCACGGCGAUGUGAUUGGCCACGCAAUGAUCGAGGAGGAUGGACAGCCGCGUCGGAAACGUGCAUUGGUUCCAGGUUGCGGCCGUGGUGUCGAUGUCCUGCUCCUGCAGAGUUUUGGCUACGAUGUCAUCGGCCUCGAGUAUGCCCCGGACGCCCUCAAAGCGUGUGAGGAGUACCAGAAGGAACACGCGGGUGAUUACCCCGUCAGAGACGAGAAGAUCGGCAAGGGAAGUGCUCGAUUCUUGCAGGGUGAUUUCUACAUGGACGAUUGGCUGGAGAAGACGGGGUUCGGCAAAGACGCAAAAUUCGACUUGAUCUAUGAUUACACUUUCUUCUGUGCCAUGCAAUUGCCUAUGAGACCAGCCUGGGCAAAGCGGAUGGCCGAGUUGCUGCGGCCUUCGCCUCAAGCCAAUCUGAUAUGUCUCGAAUUUCCCACCAGUAAGCCUGCUAUGGCGGGUGGUCCUCCUUUUGCAUCUCCACCAAAAGCAUACUUUGAGCACUUGAGUCAUCCAGGAGAGGAAGUCAAGUAUGACGCGGAGGGCAACGUCAAGAUGAACCCUCUUGCGCCUUCGAGCCCCGGAGCUCUUGAAAGAGUUGGACACUGGCAACCUGCCGACACGCAUAAGGUUGGCAAGGAUGCUGAGGGUAAAGUGCAAGAUUGGAUAGCUGUCUGGAGGCAUCGAUGAACGCCAACAUGUGUUUACAAUAGCACUAGGUACUGAGUGUUGUCGCUGGCCCAUUGGACAGACUUCAACUUUUGUCCACCUUUUUCAAAG